CGCGGCCACACCGGGCCCGGCCCCACCGCACCGGGAGGGCGAGGGCGGGCUGGGACACGGACACCGCCGGGGCGACAAACUCCCGCCCUGGGAGCGGCCAGCAGCCCCCCGGGGCGAUCAGCACUCUCUGGCACCCUCCCAGCCGUCCCUCCGGCCAUUCGUGGCUGCUCCGGCCGCUCAGGCGGUGCGCGGGGCAGCCCGGCGCGGCGCGGACAGGCGGUGCGCGGGGCAGGCGCGCGCCGGCGGCGCGGAAGGCCCCUGGGCGGGAGGCGGCGGCACCAUGUCGGUGAGCGAGAUGUUCGCGGCGCUGCAGGGAGCGCUCGGCCAGGACCAGGACAUCCGAGAGGAGAUCCGGAAGGUGGUGCAGGCGCUGGAGCAGACGGCGCGGGAGAUCCUGACGCUGCUGCAGGGCGUGCACCAGGGGCCCGGCUUCCAGCACAUUCCAAAGAAGUGUCAGAAGGCUCGUGAGCACUUUGGUACAGUGAGGACACAGAUGGAGUCUCUGAAGACCAAGUUUCCUGCUGAUCAGUAUUACAGGUUUCAUGAGCACUGGAGGUUUGUGCUGCAGCGCCUGGUGUUCCUGGCAGCAUUUGUAGUCUACCUGGAGUCAGAAACAUUAGUGACCCGAGAAGCUGUUGCAGAAAUACUGGGGAUUGAAGCUGAUCGAGAACGGGGCUUUCACCUGGACAUUGAAGAUUAUCUUUCUGGUGUAUUAACUCUGGCCAGUGAGCUGGCCAGGCUGGCAGUGAACAGUGUCACAGCUGGGGACUAUUCUCGCCCUCUCCGCAUCUCAACCUUCAUCAACGAGCUGGAUUCUGGCUUCCGCCUCCUCAACCUGAAGAACGACUCCCUGAGGAAACGCUACGAUGGCCUGAAGUACGACGUCAAGAAAAUUGAGGAAGUGGUUUACGACUUGUCCAUCAGAGGACUCAAUAAGGAGGCAACGGUUGGUGCAGGCGGGGAGAAGUGAAGGGUGCUCGUUGGAACAGCAUCACUGAUUACCUCAGAUGGUUGCCAAUUUAGGAAGUACCUAGAGAAGCCUUCCUACAGUAGUUUAGAAGAACUGCAGCUCAAAGCUGCUCUCUAUUUUCUUACAAAAGGUGUAGUACAGGUGUUAGAUGUUUUGUAAAAUCAUGUCUAGAUUAGGACAGGAGACUGUUUCCAGUGGAAUUCCUCUGUCAAACAUACGGUGCUGUUCUCUGCACAGCAGCAAUAGAAGUCAGUAACUCCCAUGAGCUGAGAUUCCCGUUAGUUCUGUAGUGUUCCUUCCCUGCUGCCAGGGAAGUGCUGUGGCUGUGUGCUCACACACCCUCAGAAGUGUGUGCACAGCACUCAGCUCAGUGCAGACACGUGGGAUCUUUAAAGAAACAUGAUGUGUAAAUACUGACCUUUCUUUUUAAGACACUUUUUUUCCCUUUUUGUUUCUUAAAUUUUCACCUAUGUAAGUUGAACAAAUUUGCAUAGCUGUUUAUGAACCAGAUCUCUUUUUUAAUGGUUUCUGUUAAUUGAGAAAUUAGUGAAAAUACUUCUGAGAAUUCCUCUAUUGGAACUGGUGUCUUGUACCCUGGCAUUUCUCUCUCUCUUCUGUCUCCCUUCUCUUUCUUUCUCUCUCUCUUGUUUUUUUUUCUUUCCACCAUGAUUUCAGUUACCAGAGAGAGCAAGGUUUUCUUAGAUACCUUCUUUCUCUAUCUGGUAUUUGUUUUACUGGCAUGAGUAAAUGCAGAGUUUAAAAUUAUGAUUUGCCUUGAGAACUCAGUGUAACCAAUUUUUAUGUUUUUUUAACUUCCAAGUUUUCUGAAUAGAGAAGUGUAAACUAACAAACUGCAGGUGGUGUCUGAGUUGUAACAACCUGUACAGGCCACAGAUGUACCUGUAUCCUGGGAUUAAAAACAAAAAAAAAAAACACCACAAAACUAUAGUUUGUGUAGUAAAAUGUUUGUAUCUCCAGAAACAGGGGAAGUUACUGCUUUCAGGUAAGUAUGUAAGAUGUUUGCAAACACCAACAGCCUCUUUCAUGUGUGUAAGUGGACAGACUCAUGCCUCCCCAUGUGUUUGUUCUCUUGUCCUAAAUGACUUUGAAUUUUGCCAUUCUCCUACUUAUGGUGGUGCAGGAGGGUUAAGGAGAACAGCUGACUUAGGAGGAGGAGGAGGAAUUCUUCAGAGGAUGAAUGGGAACGGUCAAGUUUAUGCGGAGUUUGUUUGCAUUUCGGUUUCUUAGUUAGGGAGUUGUUUUUUGGAAGAAAAUGGUUUCUUGGUUAUUUUGGCCAAUAAAAGCUGUUCUUUGAUUAUGG